AUGCUUGAGAAUAAAGCUGGUGGUUCGGGCAGCAAAGUCCAAGCUGCAUCGAAAUUAAUUGGUUCGUUGGAUAAUUUCGUACCUGGCGAAGAUUUCGACGAAUAUAUGGAACGUGCCGAGAAUUUCUUCGAACUCAACGGAGUCGAAGACAACGUUUUCAAGCGGAGACUGAUCGUCCAUUUUAUUGGUCUCCCAGCUUUGAAGAAGCUGCAACAGUUGCUGUACCCGAAGACGCACAAGGAAGCGACGUAUGAGGAGGUUGUAGCGAAACUCAAGUCGUACUUCAGCCCGAAGUGUACGAAAAUCGCCGAGUCCGUGGAAUUUUUCACGCGGAAACAGAGGGACUUCGAGAAGGUAGCCGAUUACGCCGUAGAGCUGCAAGCGUUGUCAAAGCAUUGCCAGUUCGGUUCGUAUCUGGACACCGGUUUGCGCAAUAAAUUCAUCGCUGGUAUUGAGAAUAAGAAGAUCAAGGGAGAAUUGAUGAACAGCGCCGACGAGAUGACGUUCGACCAAGCCGUGGCCAAGGCGAAGGUACUGGAACAGAUUGAAGAGGACAUGGUGAAGAUGCAGGCGAAAGGGGAAGCGGUUAAUUUCGUGAACCGCAGAAACCGAAUGCAGCGAGAUGGAGAACGAACACGUCGUCGGAGCGAAAAUUCGUUCCGCAAUGCGGUGCGAUCCAAAAGCCGAGGAUUUCGGAAAUUCCAACACGAGGGUCAACCGGAGCAGGAGAAGCGUGUCAACCCGAAAAUACGCUGUUUUGCGUGUGGAGGUGAAGGCCAUGUCGCAAGACUCUGUCGGUUCGGGCGGAACCGGCCGAAUCUGAACGCGAGCAUCGAGCGUGAGACGGCGAGCAGUGAGUCGGAGGAAGAUCGACCACAUAGUGUCAACCACGUGGCAUCGGUAGCUUUGUUUCACGAGUUGAGUCUAAAUGGUAAGUGCAUAUGUUUCGAAGUUGAUUCAGGUGCGACCUACACGAUCAUGUCCGAAAAAGAUUUUCGACUAAAUUUUGCGAGAUGUGUUCUUCGAAAUUGUGAUGUGCAAUUGGUGGUUACCACAGGGGAGAAAUUGCAGAUAAAAGGGGUUUCCAAAUUCGAAGUGCAGAAGCGUUGUGAUGAUAAAGUGUAUGUGUUGGAUCUGUUGGUUGUCAGUUCUAAAAGAGAUUUUCUUCCGUUGUUGGGCAGAAACUGGCUAGAUGUUCUUUACCCUAGGUGGAGGGAUCGAUUUUUGAACAGUGUGUCUAAUGAAGCCGAAUGCCGCGAGCUUGAUCGCGAGCGAAAUGUGUUAGUGUCUCUUUUGAAAAGCCGUUAUGCAGAUGUCUUAACGAAGAAUUUGGAAGAACCAAUUGAGGGGUUUGAAGCAGAGAUCCAUUUGUGUGAUGACUCACGACCAGUUUUCUUUCGGGCCAGAGAUGUGCCUUUUGCGUUAAAAGAAAAAGUGAGUGAUGAACUGGAUCGUUUGGUGAAGGAAAAUGUGAUCAAACCCACAUUGAGGAGCGACUGGGCGUCUCCAUUAGUAGUUGUGCCAAAAAGUGAUGGGAGUGUGAGACUUUGUGUGGCCAUGACCAUCAACAAGGUGAUAAGUAACGAACACUAUCCACUACCAAAUAUAAGCGAUAUUUUUGCAAAAUUGAGUGGUUAUCGGUUUUUCGCAAAAAUUGAUUUGUCUAGGGCAUACAUGCAAAUUAAGGUGGCGGAAAGUUCUCAGAAAUAUCUGACGGUGAAUACUCAUAAAGGACUGUUUGCGUAUCUUCGUUUACCGUUUGGAAUAUCUAGUGCAGCCUCGACUUUUCAAAGAGUUUUAGAGGAAAUUCUAAAACAUUUGGAAGGUGUUCAGUGUUUUCUGGAUGAUAUUUUGUUGGGAGGCGAAACGAUAAAGGUGGUGGUUAAUCGUGUGAUAUCUGUUUUCGAAAGAUUGAAGCAAUAUAAGGUGAAGGUGAAUCUCGAUAAAUGUGAAUUUUUGUGUGAUAAAAUUUCUUACUUGGGACAUGAAAUAAGUGAGAAUGGCUUGAGGCCGAAUGCCGAAAAAGUGAAAGCCAUUUUGGAAGUCCCAAGGCCAGAAGAUGUUUCCCAGUUGAAAUCGUACUUGGGGAUGAUUAAUUACUACUCGAAAUUUGUGCCUAAUCUGUCGAUAAAACUAUCUCCUUUGUAUGAGUUGAUCAAGAAAAAUAAACGGUAUAAUUGGUCCGCUGAAUGUGAAACGGUGUUUCAAAGUUCUAAAAAGUUGUUGGUUGAUAAUUCUGUUCUCUAUUUGUACGAUCCUAAAUUGCCAAUUGUUGUUAUAUGUGACGCGAGUGCGGUAGGUGUUGGUGCGGUUUUGUGUCACGUGAUCGAUAACGUAGAAAAACCGGUAUUUUAUGUUUCGAGCACAUUAUCGAAAGCCGAACGGAACUAUCCAAAUCUCCACAGAGAAGCGUUAGCAAUUCUGUUUGGGUUAAAGAAAUUCUUCAAGUACAUUUACGGGAAGAAGAUUACUGUUGUGACGGACAAUAAACCACUUGUGUCUAUUUUUGAUCAGAAGAAGGGAAUCCCUGCACUAGCAGCCGCUAGACUGCAGAAGUACGCAUACGCAAUUUCGAUUUUUGAUUUCGAUAUUGUGUAUAGAAAGGGGAAGAAGAUUCCAGAUGCAGACGCACUGUCAAGGUUACCCGUGAAGGGGGAGACAGGCGUGGAUUCCGAUGUGUCGAUCUGCAGUGUAUACGCAGACGUGGGUAUCGAUACGCGAGAGAUCGGUCGCGCUACGCAAGCUGAUGAGUUUUACCGAAGACUGUUCAAGAGUGUAAGAGACGGUUGGUCCGAGCACGCGGUGCCGGACGAUUUGAAAUUCUACCACGAUAAAGUGAGUUCGUUAUCGAUAGCUGGUGAGUGUUUGUUGUAUUGUGAACGCGUCAUCAUUCCUAGUUCUUGUCGAGAACGUGUUCUCGAGCUUUUGCAUGGCUGUCAUCUGGGUAUGAUUCGGAUGAAGCAGAUGGCUCGUAAAUACGUGUAUUGGCGGGGCAUGGAUGACGAUAUCGAACGCUUUAAAAUAUUAUUUAAGUUGCUUCCAAACGACGAUGGCUCCACGAAAUUCCUGAAAAACUCUAAGGCGGAGUUUUAUACACACGACAUCCCUGGUGACAAGCCGUUCAAAGCUGUCAUACGGGGGCUUCCAGGCUAUGACACCAAACUUAUCGAGGAAGAGCUCAAGAACCGGUACAAGCUAGGACCUACGGCCAUCUACCGGAUAAAGAGAAAAGACGAACAGGUGAAGCAAUACUCCAAUUGCCUUUUCCUUGCACAUUUUCCGAAGGGAUCUGUUACCUUUAACUCUCUCAAAGCUAUCAGAACCCUUCUUUCCGUCCGAAUUCGUUGGGAAAAAUACCGUGGUGGUCGCAAGGAUGUUACCCAGUGCCAGCGUUGCCUCCAUUUUGGUCAUGGUACCAAAAACUGCUUCCUUAAGCCACGCUGCAGCCUAUGUGCCAAGCCCCACGUCACUUCGGACUGUCCCGCAAAUGACGCAAGAGAUGUUGUAGCAAAAUGUGCCAAUUGUGGAGCUGAUCAUCAGGGCAACGACCGUAGCUGCCUAAAACGCGAAGCCUACAAAAAGAUCCGAAAAGAAGCAUCAACGUCGCACCAGCCAGGGCGAAACCAAAGCAAGUCUGCGUCGUUUACCGACAAGGACUUUCCUCCGCUUCAACCCAUACCUCGGUCCCAGCCCGCAGUCUAUCCAUCAUCGUCCGGCACCACCGCCGGUCAAGGUUCGCCUUCUCCCCCUGGUUGGCGCCCCACAACAUCAACUGACGAAUCGGACAAGUUCUCCUCGGAAGAACUUCUCAACAUCUUUGAGCAGAUGACGGUCGCUCUUCGUCGGUGCCGCAACAAACCUGAACAAAUUCAGGUGCUCGGGAAGUUUAUCAUACAGUAUGGAUCCUAA